CAGCAGAAGAAGAGGAGAAGUUACGCAGAAAGAAGUUGUACGUUGCCCAGUUGCAGCUGUACCAUAAUAAGGGAGUAGCAAUUGUAUUCCUAAGAAACUUCACUUUAGUUGAAAGCAAAAGAAGGAGAGUUAUUGAGAGCUGACUUCUGUCGGGCAAAUGAGGAGCGAAAGGGAGGAAGAUCCAAGGAAUGCUAGUGUUCAAGAUUCAAGAUUCAAUCAAACUCUCAGAAAUGUUCAAGGGUUGCUAAAGGGACGCAGUUUCCCUGGCAAAGUACUGAUUACACGGAGGUCAGACCCACUGGAUAACUCAAUUGUGAGGUCUCCAGAUAAUCAAUUAAGUCUAAGAGAUAGUGAGACGGGACCAAGCCAACAGGCAGAUGGAUCUUUUGAGGAUGAACUGCAACGUAGAAGCAAUCUGAAAGCUAGCUCAUCCGCUAGCCAGACGAAAUCAUCAACUUCAAACUCAGAACACACAUCCAACGAAGUACAGAAGCCAUCAAUUGGCUCAAGAGCUACUGAUUCGGCCAGGCUAAUGAAGUUCACAAAAGAACUAUCUGCGACAACUGUUAUUCUAGAAAAAUUGCGUGAAUUAUCUUGGAAUGGUGUCCCAUCAUAUUUGCGUCCCAACAUAUGGAGGCUUCUUUUGGGAUAUGCACCCCCUAAUUCAGAUAGAAGGGAGGGAGUUCUGAGAAGAAAGCGUGUAGAUUAUCUUGAUUGUGUUGGUCAGUACUAUGACAUUCCAGAUAUUGAGCGAACAGAUGAAGAGAUCAACAUGCUUCGGCAGAUUGCUGUUGAUUGCCCUAGAACGGUGCCUGAUGUUUCUUUUUUCCAACAAGCACAAGUUCAGAAAUCCCUGGAACGCAUACUUUACAUAUGGGCCAUCCGGCACCCUGCAAGUGGAUAUGUGCAGGGAAUAAACGAUCUUGCAACACCAUUCUUAGUUGUUUUCUUGUCAGAACACACAGAAGGGAGUAUUGACAAUUGGGUGAUGUCUGAUCUACCUUCUGAGAAAAUAUCUGACAUAGAAGCUGACUGUUAUUGGUGUCUAUCAAAAUUGCUUGAUGGAAUGCAAGACCAUUACACAUUUGCUCAACCCGGAAUCCAGCGGCUGGUGUUUAAGCUAAAGGAGUUGGUUAGACGGAUAGAUGAACCUGUGUCAACACACAUGGAAGACCAAGGGCUUGAGUUUCUCCAGUUUGCUUUUCGCUGGUUCAACUGUCUCUUGAUACGUGAGAUCCCUUUCCACCUUGUUACCCGAUUGUGGGAUACAUAUCUUGCAGAAGGUGAUGCACUGCCAGAUUUUCUUGUGUAUAUUGCUGCAAGCUUUCUGCUCACAUGGUCAGAUAAGCUGCUGAAGCUUGACUUCCAAGAGAUGGUUAUGUUCCUUCAGCACCUUCCAACUCAUAACUGGAGUCAUUCAGAGCUUGAGAUGGUACUUUCUAGAGCUUAUAUGUGGCAUGCCAUGUUCAACAGCUCCCCCAGCCACUUGGCUAGCUGAAGUGGGCCUUCUCAUUUUUGAAGUUUUAUUUCUUUUAAUUCAAACUUUUUGUAUUUAUCUAUCUGUUUUUGAUUAUAAAAGUCGCGUUCUAUUAGCUGUUUUUGAUUGUAAAAGUCGCGUUCUAUUUUCCAUUUUGGUUUUCCUUUUCUCCUGUAGAGCCUAAAUUUGCUCCUGGAUUCACUGCCUAUUAAUUGUUUAUUUUUGGGCCCUUUUCCUUUUCUUGUUUUGUGAUUUGUAAGAUCUGUGUGCCAAAUCCUUCUGAUAUAUGAUGCCUUUCAUUAGAGAGAGAACAUGGAAUGUAAAACAAAUGGGAAGCUUUCUUGUUAACUUCAUAUGUGAUAGCUUUAUACUUCACUUGGCUCUUCCUUGAA